AUGUCAGUCGUUGAGCUCGAGGAAGAGAUUUGGGUUAACCAAGAGAAACAUGUGCCCAACCAACCUUCUAAAUACCUUGGUUUCGUUGCUGGUAUGGCGCUGGGGGUGAUGAAAAAUCUCGUGGGCCACCCUUUUGAUACCAUUAAAGUCAGAUUGCAAACCUCACCAAAGGGAAUGUUUAAUGGUCCAAUGGAUUGCCUACUACAAACGGUGCGUAAGGAAGGUGUUUUAGGUUUAUAUAAAGGUUUUACACCACCAUUGGUUGGAUGGGUGUUGAUGGAUUCCGUCAUGUUGGGUUCAUUGCAUGUUUAUCGAAGGUGGUGCAAGGAGUUUAUUUAUCCUGAAGACAAAAAACUACCUUUGUUGGGUCACAUCAUUGCAGGAUUAGGAAGUGGAAUGACUGUGAGUUUCGUAGCUGCACCAAUUGAGCAGUUCAAAGCAAGAUUACAAGUGCAGUACGACUCGAAGACGCGGCUAUAUUCUGGUCCUAUUGAUGUAGCAGUGAAGUUGUAUAAGACUUCGGGAAUACGAGGCAUCUAUAGCGGAUUGUUUGCCACGAUGAUGUUUAGAACAAAUUUUAUUUUCUGGUGGGGAUCAUACGAAAUAUUUACACAAUGGUUUGAAGAGCACACAAAGAUGUCUAAACCAUCAAUCAAUUUCUGGUCUGGUGGUCUAAGUGCCACAGUGUUUUGGAUCUUUGCAUACCCAGCUGACGUCGUGAAGCAAACCAUAAUGACCGAUUCUCCUGUGCCGUCACAAAAAAAGUUUCCUCAUUAUAUGGAUGCAGUAAGGUACAUUUAUGAAACCAGAGGUUUGCGAGGGUUUACUCGAGGUUUUUUGCCUUCGAUAUUGAGAAGUUUUCCAGCAAAUGCUGCAGCAUUGGCAGCAUUCGAAGCUGUGAUGCGAUUUUUUACAAAAGACGGACAUAGAAUAUAG